AUGGCAGAAGACGCCAAAUACCCGGCGGCAUCGCCAGAAUCACCAGCAUCGCCAGCAGCCGAGGACGAUGAGAAGCAGCCGGUGGCCACGAUGACCGGCGGCAGCGGUGGUGACGGCGUCGAUGCAGAGGUGCAGGCGGGAGUGCAGCAGGUCGAGGCCAUCGCGACGGUCUGGUCGACGACCUCGCUCGUCCUCACGUACGCCUUCAUCUGGAUCGUCUACUUCAUCAUGCAGAUGGAGAUGGGCGUCGUGGCGGCGCUGACCCCCUUCGUCACCUCUGCCUUCCAGCACCACUCGCUCACGCCGACGGUGGGCAUCCUCAGCAGCGUCAUCGGCGGCGUCUGCAACCUGACCGUCGCAAAGAUCCUCGAUGUCUUCGGCCGUCCGCAGGGCUACGGCAUGUCGCUGGCCAUCGCAACCGCCGGCCUCGUCAUGAUGGCGGCCACGGCCAACGUCGAGACCUACGCUGCCGCCCAGGUGUUCUGGACCGUCGGCAGCAACGCCCUGCUCUACAGCAUCAACAUCUUCGUCGCCGAUACGACCAGCAUGCGGAACCGUGGCCUGAUGACGGCCCUUGCGGCCUCGCCCAACAUCAUCACCAUCUGGCUGAGCGGGCCCAUCUCAGAGGGCUUCCUCAAGGGGCCUGGCUGGCCCUGGUGCUUUGGCGCCUUCUCGAUCAUCGUGCCCAUCCUCUGCCUGCCGCUGCUCGCCGUCGUCCUGCACAACUACUUCAAGGCCAAGAAGCAGGGCGUCAUCGCCUCGUCCACCCGCUCCAGGACCGUCUGGCAGUCCUUUCUCUACUACUGCCGCGAGUUCGAUGCCAUCGGCCUGUUGCUCCUCACUGCGGGACUCACCCUUUUCCUGCUGCCCUUCAACCUGUACGCUCUGCAGCCGCUGGGCUGGCGUUCGCCCCUGGUCAUCUGUCUGCUCGUCUUUGGCCUGGUGCUCAUGGUCCUCUUUGCCCUGUGGGAGAGAUAUUUCGCCCCGGUCAACUUCAUCCCGUUCUCCCUACUGCUUGAUCGCAACCUGAUCGGCGCCUGUCUGCUCGGAACUGUCCUCUUCAUCAGCUUCUUCUGCUGGAACAGCUUCUUCAGCUCCUUCCUCCAGGUCGUCAACGGCCUCAGCGUCACCAACGCCAGUUACGUCGUUCAGAUCUACAGUCUCGGUAACACCAUCUCUGGAAUCGCUGCUGGUAUCGUUAUCCGCUAUACCGGCCGCUACAAGGCCAUCACCCUCUACGGCGCCAUACCGAUCUACACCCUCUUCAUGGGCCUGAUGAUCUACUUCCGCGACCCUGAGGCCAACAUCGGCUACGUCGUUAUGUGUCAGAUCUUUAUCGCUUUUGCAGGUGGAGUCAUGAUCAUCACCCCCCAGAUCGCCGCCAUGUCCGCCGGAAACCACCAGCAGAUCGCCGCCAUCCUUGCAAUUCUCUCCAUGUUCUCGGCCAUUGGCGGAGCCAUCGGUCUCACCGUUGCCGGUGCCAUCUGGCAGUCCGUCUUCCCAGCUAAGCUCCUCGAAUACCUCCCCGUCGAGGAACAAGCCAACCUCAUCGAGAUCUUCGGCAAACUAGAAGUCCAACUCAGCUACCCCAUUGGCUCCCCGGCCAGAAUUGCCAUCCAACGCGCCUAUUCAAGUGCGCAAACGAGUAUGCUCACGGCUGGCACUGCCAUCUGGGCUGUCGGGUUUGCCGCCGCCGCCAUCUGGCGAAACGUCGAUGUAAAGCAGAUAAAACAGGUCAAGGGACAGGUUAUUUAA